AUGCCCUCACUCCCCAAGCGCGCGCUUAUUUCAAUCACUAGCUAUCACGGCGCCUUUUACCCAAACGGCGACCCCACCGGUCUCUUUUACACCGAGGCCUUGCACCCAUACCAUGUCCUGACCGCUGCCGGCUUCACUGUCGACCUCGCCUCCGAGACCGGUAGCUACGGCAUGGACCCGCAUUCGAUCGACAAGACCUUCAUGACCGAGGCUGACUUUGCUGUUUACAGCAACAGCGGUGACGAGUUCUCCAAGAAACUGGCCAAUCUCCACAAGGCCAGCGAUCUAAACCCAUCCGACUACGGAUUGUUUUACGCGUCGGCCGGCCAUGCGACCCUGUUUGACUACCCAAAGGCCAAGGAUCUGAUCAAUAUUGCUGAGUCUGUCUACGAGCGUGGCGGCGUGGUUGCAGCUGUGUGCCAUGGGCCUAUUAUUCUGCCGUUUAUCAAGGACCGCAAGACGGGCAAGCCAGUUAUCGAGGGAAGGAGGGUUUCGGGGUUCACUACCGAGGGCGAGGAGCAGAUGGGUCUGAUGAGCGCAAUCAAGGACAGGAAACUUGAAACAAUCGAGGAGGGGGCAGCAAGGGUGGGAGCAACUUAUGUGAGGCCGGCAACACCGUUCGAAGCCUUUGCGGUUGUUGACGGUAGGGUCGUGUCUGGUACUAACCCAGCGAGUGCCGCGGUGACCGCAGAGAAGGGCCGUUGAGGUCUUCAACUCGCUGUAAACCUACUCAUACCAGAAAUGUUCAUUUAAAGACAAUAAAUUGUCAUCACACGUCGCUGACGUUCGGCUUAUGGCCAUAUGUGAUGGAUAUAGAUUGUAUGUCUAGCUGU